CAUCCAGUCAUGCGAGCACACAAGGCUGUCAUCCUCACUUCGACUGCAGCCUCUCGAUCUGCCUGUGGUCCCGUCGCCUUCUGAACAUGGACACGCUUUAAGGAGAGCACCGUCCGAGCUCGAAAAAGAUUUUAAAUCGAGUAAUGAUGGAGUACUGGAGGCAAUGUGCGCUGUGGUUGAUCCACUGCAAGGUGCUUCCAGCCAACCAUCGGGUUACGUGGGAGACUGCGCAGGUAUUCGACUUGGCCCAAACCCUCCGGGAUGGAGUGCUCCUCUGCCAUCUGCUCAACAACCUCAAGCCCCAAUCCAUCAACCUGAAGGAGAUCAACCUGCGGCCUCAGAUGUCACAGUUCCUAUGCCUGAAGAACAUCAGGACUUUCCUGGCAGCUUGCAGCGAGGCAUUCGGCAUGAAGAAAAGCGAGCUGUUCGAGGCGUUUGACCUGUUUGACGUCAGGGACUUUGGAAAGGUUAUGGACACACUAUCCAAGCUUUCCCACACAUUAACCGCACAGGAAAGUGGAAUCAGGCCUUUUCCCACAGAAGAAAGCGUUGAAGACGAGGAUAUCUACAACCACCUGGAAGACCUGAUCGACGAGAACGGUGUGGAGGACGAGGAGGACCUGUAUGACUGCGUGUACGAUGACGAAAACGGCGGUGAAGUCUACGAGGACCUGAUGAAAACGGAAGCUCUUGCUCCCCCGGUGUUCCAGAAACAAGCAGAGAUAGACAUCAGGAGUUGCUGUUUGACAGAAAUCAAGCAGACCGAGGAGAAAUUUACCGACACCCUGGACUCCAUAGAGAAGAACUUUAUGACGCCUCUCACCGUCUUUUUAUCCUCGGCCGAGAUGGAGAAAGUCUUUGUCAAUAUACCGGACCUGGUGAAAGUCCACAAGUGUUUACUGCAGGAAAUCCAAGACUCAGUCCAUCACAGAAGUGCCCAAAACCUUUACCAGAUCUUUAUUACUUUCAAAGAAAGGUUGCUAAUUUAUGGGAAGUACUGCAGCGAUGUGGAGACAGCCAUCGCCACUCUGGACAGCAUCUGCAAAGACAGGGAGGACGUACGCAUGAAACUUGAGGAGUGCUCAAAGAGAGCAAACUAUGGCAAGUUCACGCUGAGGGAUCUGCUGGUGGUUCCCAUGCAGCGGGUCUUGAAGUACCACCUCCUGCUGCAGGAGCUCGUUAAACACACUCAGGAUGCCACCGACAAGAGCAACCUGCGGAAGGCUUUGGAUGCCAUGAAGGACUUGGCUCAGUACGUCAACGAAGUCAAGAGAGACAACGAGACGCUACGAGAAAUAGAUCAGUAUCAAAAAUCCAUUGAAAACCUGAAUCAGCCUCUGAGUAACUACGGGAGACCCAAAGGGGACGGGGAAGUUCGGGUGGCCUCGGUGGACAAACGAGCUAAACAGGACAGGCAUAUAUUCCUGUUCGAUGCUGCUGUUGUCGUUUGUAAGAGGCGGGGAGACAACUACGAGAUGAAAGACGUGAUCGACUUGCACCUCUUUAAGAUCACAAACAACCCCACGUCGGACAAGGAGAACAGAAAGUGGUCCUACGGAUUCUACCUCACGCAUAACCAGGGCCAGAACGGCUUUGAGUUCUUCUUCAAGACCAAAGAGCUGAAAAAGAAGUGGCUGGAGCAGUUUGGCAUGGCCAUAUCCAACAUUCGUCCUGAGAAUGCAACCAACAAUUUCCACGAGUUUCAUAUGCACACUUUUGAAAGAAUCACCUCCUGCACUUCCUGUCACAUGCUGCUGAGGGGUGUAUUUAACCAGGGCUACCUGUGCUCCAAGUGCGGCUUAGGUGCUCAUAAGGAAUGCCUGGGCCGCCUGGGCUGCUGUGGGAAGACAGAUCCCGGCUCCGUCAGAACUCAGGUCAAAGACCGAGAUCCAGGUCUCCCCAAGAUGCUGGUCAUCAGGAACUACUUUGGCGUGCCGAGCCCGACGUCAGGUCCGGCGCUCAGCAUCCAAACGGGUGACAUCAUCGAACUAAUCUGCGCCGACCUUCACAGCCCGUGGUGGCAGGGCAAAAUCCUGUCAACAAAAGAAGUUGGCUUCUUUCCCAGCGACGCCGUGAAGCCUUGCCCUUGUGUCCCAAAGCCCAUCGAUUACUCCUCUCAACCAUGGUUUGCGGGGCCCAUGGAGAGACUCCAGGCGGAAGCAGAACUCAUCAACCGGGUCAACAGCACCUACCUGGUUCGCCAUCGCAGCAGAGAGUACACAGAGUAUGCCAUCAGUAUCAAGUACAACAACGACGUGAAGCACAUCAAGAUUCUGACCAAGGAGGGCUGCUUCCACAUCGCUGAGAAUAAGAAGUUCAGGAGCAUAUUUGAGCUGAUUGAGUACUACAAACACCACUCCCUACGAGAAGAUUUUCGAAGUCUGGACACGAAGUUGCAGUAUCCUUACCGGGAACUGGAGAACUCCACCAUGCAUCGCUUCAACCGCUCUGGCGGCAACACCCCUUUGCUCUGCGGCCUCUCUUUAGUAACCCCCGCCGGCUACAGCUUUGUACCUCCUUCCUCUGCCCCCUUCUGGUCAGUGUUUACGCCGAAGGUGAUCGGCGUGGCCAUCGCCCGGUACGAUUUCAGCUCACGUGACAUGCGCGAGCUCUCGCUGCAGGAGGGCGACGUGGUGAAGAUUUACACCAAGUCUGGAGCCAACGGGUGGUGGAGGGGGGAGGUCAACGGAAGGAUCGGCUGGUUUCCAUCAACAUAUGUGGAAGAAGGUGAGGAGUGAGCGGACCAAUGAAGACCAGAAGGCGCAAACUGGAACCAAACAGCUCAGAGCCAGCGGGGCCUUGUUGCUUUCACCCCUCCAGAGGCCUUUAAGAGCAAACAAACACAAAAAAGGGCUUGAGAAGACAAGGUGGCCCCAUCUUUCUGCCUGGCUCUGCGUGGUGAAGUACCUCCAGCAUCUACAAGUAGCAGCUUGCCUGUCAGUGGGGCGGGCGGGCGGGCGGGCUCGCCAGCCAUAAUUUCUCACCUCUUUCUGCCUGAGCCAGCCACACGUCCCCCCCUCGGCCGCCCCCACCAAAUCCCACCUGUUUGUGCUUGCCAACUUGGCAAGUAAAGCAGAAAGUUGGGCACCCCACUCCUCCAUUCAUGCGUCCAUUCACCUGCUUCUUGGAGGAAUGGAGUCCUCCAAACUGGAAAGGACCGACAUAUCCUCACAUCCUCUUCCCACGUGGCUUUGACCUUACCUUCGUGUUUGUUCCACUAACGCUGGUGGGUUAUUGAUGACUCUGUGGCCCCGCGCUCACGCAGCAGCCCCCUCAGAUUACGAUCGCGGCGCUCUCACUCAUACAGGAGAUGGAAGAUAAAGAUGGCGUCGGCGCACGCUGCCUGCAAUUGAUGGCUCUUGUUCCUAUUUUCCUCUCGCCGCUCACAUUCUUUAUCUCCGCAGCAGACUCUCGUGUUCUCGCUUGUGUCGGGCCGUUAGUGAGCCUCUCGCUUAUCGCUGGCAGCUCCGGCGACAGGAGCCCGUCCGCGGGAGGCUUUAUCUUAUUGGAGGUAUUACGUGCCACAGUCUGGCUGCCAUCUGACCCGCUAAUCAAAUACAAGCAAAGAAAAUCAGGCAUUUCACUUUAUUUGACUUAUUUUUGUGCCCCUAUUUGAACUCCUAUGUUAAAACCUUCCAUUGUUGUACAUUUAGCUCAUCACUGGUGUUUGAACUUCACUGCUUUUGGUACAUGGGACUUUCCCAUGACACCACACCCACGGAAAUGGUGUAGAAAUAUCCUUCUAGUCCAAGAAUUAGCCCUACUGGGGUACAUUAGUGUAGAAUGUACCUUAAAGCAGUGGUCCCCAACCUUUUCCUCUCUUUGUGUGAGAAAGUUUUAUGUAACUUCCACUUUGCAUCAUAGCACGCAACUAUGGUGUGUUCAAGGACCGCCAACCGAAGUGGGAAUGGUGACAAAAGUGCAAAACCUGUGGGCUUUAUUUAUUAUUUUUCCAAGAAAAUAACCGCACUUAUUCCCAAAAUGUAUAUGCAUUGAAAGGAAAUUUGAUGUGCUUAUUUACAAAAAUGUUGAAGUUUAAGAAAAUACAAUAAUUGCUUCUGAAAGCUUUUCACAGCCCAAUGGUGAGGACCUCUACUUAAGGCACAUUUGACUCAAAGUUUGCCAUUUCUUACAGUGGUGAUAACCUUAAAAAAAAAAAAAAAAAGAUGAGGAAUUCAGUUGGACAUGGGAAUUAAUGAGAAAUAAAUGGCAAUUAACUGGAACGUACUAUAUUCAACACUGGUAUGGCAUAAACACACAAGAAUUACAAAUGUUUUUAAAAUAUGAAAUUAUACAUUAUUUUUUAAAUAUAUAUACAUAGAUUUGUUGAUUCCAUAUAUAUAAAAAAUGUAUAAACAUUUCAUAUAUUUUUUAAUUAUAGAACAAUUUAUAAAAAAAAUUAUAUAUAAAUAUAUAAAUUAUUUUUAAAAAGUUAUACAAAAUUCUAAAUAAAAUGGUAUAUAUAUCUAUAUAUAUAUAGAAAACAUUUUUAAAAAUGGAUAAACAUUUCAUAUAUAUUGUAUAACAAUUAUAAAUGUAUACUAAAAAUAUAUAAAUAAAUUAUAAAAAAUGUUAUACAAAAUUAUAAAAAUAUGGUGUGUGUGUGUGUAUAAUAUAUUUAUAUUUGUAAAAAUAUGUACAUUAAAAAUAUAUAUUUUAAUAACUUUUUACAAUACUUUUUAUAUAAACAAAUAUCAGGUGCAUUUUUUUUAAAUUAUGUGUACAUAUAUCAACAUUAUGCAGUAAUAUUUUUAAUUCCCUGCACACACAAAGCUGCAGUUUAUUUUGGUUAAUUCCUGCAAUAUAUUCUCAUUAAGUCCCACGUGUUCCAAUGGAAAAUUUCCGACUUCAAAAAUUCCUGGAGUUUUGCCGCCCAAUCUAAGAGCUAAACAGAGUAAUACCUUUGGUUUGUGGCUCAAUAAUAGACAAUAACAUCACAGGAUUACUUCUUAGUUGUUUCUUAGUUGUAUACCAACUUUCACACACACACACACACACACACACACACACCUACGCCUGGUGUUUUAAAAAACAAUUUACCAUAUUUGUGGAAACAAGGAAGCUAUUGUAAUUUGUUUUUUCGCCUUGAUGGAAAGUAUGAAAAAACACGUCCUGUACAUACAGAAAGAUAUGCUGUGGAUUAUUCCACACACACCGUCACGUGCUCCAGAGGUGACAUUGAGGCGGAGUUACUUGUUAAGACUUUAUGUGGUGAACAGAUGGAAUCCGCCUCUGGAAAUACACCUCAGGGUGUCAUGACCUCGUGGUGAGUGAGGCCCCAGGCUAUUGUGCCACACACUGAUGGAGGAAUGAUUUUUAUUUGGAAAGAAUUAAUGCUAACAAUGUUUUUUUUUUUUUUUUUGGCUGGUCAUUUGAAUUGUGGCUCAAAGAUGCACGUCCACAAGUGACCACUAGAUGGAAGCAUGCUUCAUUUCUGGGCGGUCACCUUCAGCUUGGCAAAGUUUGGAGAUGACAUCAUCUGAUUAGGAGUUGUUUUGUUUUUUUUAAGCGAGACAUCGCAGGAGAAUGAGAAGGACAGAAAGGCAGAAUGUGGCGCUUCCUGUGAAUGCCUGCAAACUCCAAAAAGUCUGCCCAGUAGACCAUAAAGAGCCUCAGUGUUCCUCCUGGGAGAACUGGAGUGGUCUUCUCUAAUGGGAGACUGUAGUAAUCCAAGUCUGAUGGUGUCGUUAUUUACAAGCGCAGACCUUCUUCCCACCAACGUGUGCUUCCAGAUUCCCGUGUACGGGAGGAAGGCUCAAGGGUAUCAGCCAUCUAAUCGUUACACCAUCUCAUCACCUCCACGACCCCGCUGCAUCCGUCUCUGCCUGCUCCUCUCUCGCUCGCCCUAUGUCACACUCUUGUCUCUUCUUCUCUGGCUCACGCGUGCUUUCGCCGUCUAUCUUCAAUCCAAUCUCUGUCCUCCGUGUUCCGCUCCGUAGGCUCUUCCUGCUUUAUGGUGAGAUGCUUCCCACCAAAGCAAAACAUUGCAGAAUUUUGAGGGAAUUGCGUUUGCGUACCAAUCAGAUGUCCCUUCAAAUGUGAGCUUUUACCCCGAUAUCACCACCAAGUUAGCGUCUAUUGUGCGUGUGCGUGUUAUUGAACCAAAGAUGUACGCUGUUAUUGUCUUUUACCACGGUACAACCGCUGUGGCCUGAAACAGCUCAGUCCUGUGUAGCAUUCCCCCCUGUACAUUUUUUACUGUAUCAUAUUGUGAAAUAUGUUUAUAGUAUAUAAUAAAAA